GAACAACCCAAUGACCUUGCUAAGUUCGUGUUUUCCCAUCCAGCUGUCUUGCUCGCCACAAACCUUUCACAUUUCAGGUAUGUACAAUUGGAUAGUUUGCAAGAUCGUAAUGAGAAGCUUUUUUAUCGAGUGUUAUGUGACAAUAUCAAGGAAUUGAUGCCCAUAGUUUAUACUCCAACUGUUGGACAAGCUUGCCAAAAAUUCGGCUUCAUCUAUCGAAAUCCAAAAGGUUUGUACAUAACUAUCAACGACAAUUCCAUUAGUAAAAUUUACCAAAUACUUGCGAACUGGCCAGCUACCAAUAUUCAGGCGAUCGUAGUGACGGAUGGUGAACGAAUUCUUGGACUUGGGGAUCUGGGAGCCUAUGGUAUUGGUAUACCUGUUGGUAAGCUAGCCCUCUACGUAGCACUGGCAGGACUGCACCCUGAGUGGUGCCUUCCUGUACUCAUAGAUGUCGGCACUGAUAAUCAAGCAAGUAAUUUACUGAACGAUCCUUUCUAUACCGGUUUACGAAGGCCACGUGUUCGUGGACCAGAAUACGAUAGUUUGCUUGAUAACUUUAUGAAAGCAUGCACAAAGAGGUUUGGUCGCGACACCCUAAUUCAAUUCGAGGAUUUUGGUAAUCAAAAUGCAUAUCGCCUUCUGGACAGAUUUAAGAAUGAUUACUGCAUGUUCAACGAUGAUAUACAAGGUACUGCUUCCGUUGUUGUAGCCGGUUUGUUAGCAACUACAAGAAUUACUAAGAAAAAGUUAUCACAGCAGAAGCUCGUGUUCUUUGGAGCAGGAGGAGCUGCAACUGGAGUAGCUGAAAUGUGCGUGCGGCAGAUGGUCGAUGAGGGCUUAUCCGAACAAGAAGCAUGCGCCAACAUCCACAUGAUAGACAUUGAUGGUUUGAUAACUAAGAGCCGAUCUGCUACAUUAUCGGACCGUCAUCUCCGAUUUGCUAAGGAUCUACCGGAAACAAAGAGUCUCCUAGAAGUAGUCAGAACAGUCAGACCUGGUGCUAUCAUUGGAGCAUCGACUGUGGCUGGUGCAUUCACUGAGGAGGUAAUCACUGAAAUGGCAAAGAUCAACUCAAGGCCUAUCAUUUUUGCGCUUUCAAAUCCAACGAGCAAAGCUGAAUGUACAGCUGAAGCUGCAUUCCGACUAACAAAUAGAAAGCCCUCCUCUAGACAAGAAAAGAAGAAAAAAUUGAUUGUUGCAUCAAGAUCAGACCAUAGUACUUUCCGCUUGCAUAACACAUUUAUGUGAUU